AUGUUCCGGGGCGCUAGCCGCUGUGCGCAGCAGCGGCUGCUGCUGCUACCACAGCAGGACUUGCUGCUGCAGCGGCAGCAGCAGCAGCAACGCAUGCAGCAGCACCUGCUGCAGCAGCAAGCCGCGUUUUCCUCCUCAUACGAUAUCUUCAAGAAGCUGCAGGACCCGCCAAGCGGCGGAGAGUCCACACAGCUUGCGCGGAAGCCGUCAGAGAAGGUGCUGCGCCUGGUUGAUGAGGUGAUGAACUUGACGCUAAUUGAAGCAGCAGAUCUCUGCGACCUCUGCCAGGAGAAGUUGGCGCAGCGAGGAGGCGGCCCCGCGUUUAAUGCUGCUGUUGCUGCUGGGCGUUCUCCUUUCCCCCACCCCUCCAGUCUUUUUGCUGGCCAACUUGCUGCUGGGGGUUUUGGGUUUGCUGCUGGAGGGACGAUGCCUGCUGCUGCUGCUCCUCCCCCUCCUGCUGCUGCAGCUGCAGCAGAAGCAGCACCAGCAGCGGGUGGCUCCGCAGCUGCUGCACCUCCAGAAGGUGUCCCCAUUGCUGAGGCUGAGGCGCUCAAGGCGAAGCUGGAGGCCGCUGGAGCUCAGGUGGCUCUCGAGUAG